AUGUUCGCUUGGCUGUGGAUUGUGUUCGUUCUCCGAUCGAACAAUCUCUGUUUCGCGGAUCAUUACAAAGGUGGCAGUUUGUCGUGGAAACCGACAAAUCCAUCAUCCUUAACAAGUCCCAUUGAAGUCAUCAUCACACAACGACAGUCAUGGACAUUGUCUCGAUACCAAUGUGAUGAAACAACUAUCAAUACCUUAGCUAGUUUCAAUGAUACAUUGAGUUCAACAUCACCGACAUUAACUUGUAUAAGUUCAGCAGCGGCAUGUACAUCAUCAUUGUAUCAGACGAUUGUUACUGAUCUGUAUUGUACGGACUUUUCGACAAGUUUUCAAGUAUCUACAGGAUCGAAUUAUACGAAAGAAAAUCUAGCUGUUAAUUCGAUUAUUGACAUCACUGCACGAGGUGCUUCAUGGGCAAAUGAAAUAUUAACAAAUUCAUGGUCGAUGGUUGCUCAUAUCGAUCUCACACCUGUUUCGGGAAAAAUCAAUACAUCACCAGUAACUGGUUCACUGCCUGUUUUCCAACUCUACGUCAACGAACUAUCAGUCAUACAGAUCAUUGUAUAUGAUUGGGACGAUGAUCAUACGGUUCGAUGCCGCUGGUCACAACAGUCACCAUUGGACGAAUGUGGAAAUAUUUGUUCUGAUCUACCGAGUGCAUCAUUGAGUUCAAUUGAUUGUGCUAUAACAUGGCUGCCAGUACUUCGUUCAGAAGAUAUCGCUAAUGGUUUAACUGAAUCGACUUAUGUUGCAGCAAUCACAGCUGAGGAUUUCGUCAAUGCAUCAAGCACAAUUGCCCUAAGUUCAGUGCCACAUCAAGUUUUAGUACAAGUUUCGACUCGACCAUCUGGCGUUUGUUCGAAUCGACCGAGUAUUUCUGGAUUUCCUCGUCGUAAUCUAGCGUGUUAUGCUGUAUCCGUUGGUUCUGGCACCCCUUUUCGUUUUCAAAGCACAGUCAGCUGUUUGAAUGAUACCAUUGUCGAAUUUAUAUCUACGUCGCCUCUAUUUGUGCAAAGAUCUGUUGUUUAUCAAAUCUCGAAUUAUACAUGGGGUAUCAACAUUACAUGGGUUCCGACCACUGAUCAAACUGGUCUUCAGCCAUUUUGUGUAGCAUCUGUAGAUAACAAUGGUCAAACAAGUAGUCAGUACUGUAUUAUGAUUGCCGUCGGUACAGUGAAUCCUGUUUUACCUGCUCCAAGAUUUGUACAAGGUACAGCUUCACCGGUUGGAACUGUUAUGUCGACACAAUUACGGUUUAGCAUUCAAGCUACACAACCAUUGAGAAGAACAACACUUAAUCAAACAUAUAUCAGUAUAUAUCGCGUGGGCGGAAGUCUUGUUCGUCGAAUCGAUUGCAAAUAUUCAACAGAUGUUUAUAUCUUUAAUAGCACAUUGAUUUUUUUUGUUCCUAACCCGCCAUGGGUAUUGGGUGCGACUUAUUACAUAACUCUUACAGACGGAGUAGCAACUGCUGAUUACUAUUGCGGUCCUGAAGCAACUGGUUUUGGUAGUACAACUGCUUGGCGAUUCACAAUCUGGAAUCCUUCGUUGUCAUCUACAACAACGACGCCAUCGACAACGACACCCUCACUAACGGUCUAUACUGUUGCAACAAGAGGUUCGAGUACGACAAGCGUUAAUACACUACUUACUACAACAGGUAUUCCGGCGUACACGACUCGAACAACAACAACAACGACUUCAACAACAUCAACGUCAUCGACAAGCACUACAACAACAACCGCUACCACUACGACUACAACAACAACUACGACCACCGCUUAUAUUCCAAGUGUUGAUGUUCUCUAUCCAAAAGAUUUCGAAAACCAAUGUUCGACAACAGUUGCUCUUGGCACGAUAAUAAUUAACCUUAUUGGUGUUAUUCUUCAUUCAUGCGGAAUGACUGCGCUUUUCGUUAAAGUGAACACAAACUUUAACAACAACAUCUUACGUAUUCGAAAUGAACGUCGUAUGCGCUUACAAGCAUUAGCAAACGCCACAGAUGAGGAUGACGACGAAGAAAUCUACGAACUCGAAGAUUUUGAUGAUGAUGAUGAUAGUGAUGAAGAUGAAAAUGAAGAUGACGAUGAUGAUAAUAAUGAGGAAGAAGAAGAAGAAGAAGACGAUGAUAGCGAUGAGAAUGAUGAUGAUGAUGAUGAUGAUGAAGAAACAUCUGUUUAG